UUUAACUGUCCAUGUCCCUGAAGCCACCAAACACCCUUUUCCACCUCCGAAGUCAAAUCCUUCGUGAGUCAUUUUUCGUAUUUCACAGGGUUAUUUUGGUGAUUCUAAUUUCACCCAGAGUCGGUUGUUAUUACUCCCGCCCAUUUCAAUUCGUUUCCAUUUCCGGUUUUAUCCCCAAUUUGCUGGUCACUGCUCUCAUUUCCUCUGUUUCUUUUCUCUUUCCGUGAGCUUCAUUUUUUCAUUCCCCAAAAUGCCCCCGCAAACCAGAAGAAUGGCGUUCCCCAGAAUUGUGAUUGAGAGGGACACUGAUUCUGAACAAAGUUCAGAAGAAGAAGACGAAGAAGAAGUUGUAGAAGAAGAAGAGGAGGAGGAAGAGGAAGAGGAAGAGGAUACGCUUAGGGCUGUUGCCGAAGAAGAUGAAGAAGAAGUUGCAGAGAAGGCGGAAGGCGGGAAAAUGGGAGGGAAGCUUAUGGAUGCUUCCGAUGCGAAGAAGAAAGACAAAGCGCCGAUAACCAUUAGUCUCAAGAAUGUUUGUAAAGUCUGCAAGAGAAAGGGACACCAAGCAGGAUUUAAGGGCGCUACCUACAUCGAUUGCCCUAUGAAACCAUGCUUCCUUUGUAAAAUGCCUGGGCACACGACCAUGAAUUGCCCACAUCGAGUAGCUGUGGAGCAUGGGGUGAUCCCCGCUCCCCACAAGAACACCGGAAGACCUUUGGAUUAUGUAUUUGAACGCCAACUUAGGUCUGAUGUUACCAUGAUCAAGCCAGCUUUUGUGAUCCCCAAUCAAGUGGACUGUGGUGUUAUUAGAUACCACAGUAGGCGUAUAACCUGCCUGGAGUUUCAUCCAACCAACGACAACAUUCUUCUAUCGGGAGAUAAGAAAGGACAACUUGGAGUGUGGGAUUAUGGUAAAGUAUAUGAAAAGACAGUGUAUGGAAACAUACAUUCUUGUAUACUUAAUAAUAUGAGGUUCAAUCCAUCUAAUGAUGGAACUUUAUAUGCAGCAUCCUCGGAUGGGACGGUCAGUUGCACUGACUUGGAGACUGGAAUGUCAUUUCCUCUUAUGGACGUCAAUCCCGAUGGAUGGCAGGGUCCAAGUAGCUGGAGGAUGCUUUAUGGCAUGGAAAUCAAUCCAGAGAAGAGUCUUGUGCUUGUUGCAGAUAAUUUUGGAUAUCUAUACAUGGUGGAUAUGCGCUCCAACAAGAAAACCGGAGAUACCAUUUUGAUCCAUAAGAAAGGUAGCAAAGUAGUUGGGCUUCACUGCAAUCCUGUUCAGCCAGAGAUUCUCUUGAGUUGUGGAAAUGAUCACUUUGCUCGUAUAUGGGAUGUGCGCCGACUUGGGGUUGGAUCUUCCCUAUAUGAUCUUCGUCACAGCCGUGUUGUAAACUCAGCGUAUUUCUCCCCACAAUCUGGAAGCAAGAUUCUUACUACAGCUCAGGACAACCGCCUUCGAGUAUGGGAUUAUAUCUUUGGCAAUUUGGACGCCCCUAGCAGAGAGAUAGUACAUAGCCAUGAUUUCAAUAGGCAUUUGACCCCUUUUCGAGCUGAAUGGGACCCAAAGGACCCAUCGGAGUCCCUGGCAGUUAUUGGCCGCUACAUAAGUGAGAAUUAUAAUGGAGCUGCCUUGCAUCCCAUUGAUUUCAUCGAUACAAGUACAGGUCGACUGGUUGAUGAGGUGAUGGAACCAAACAUCACAACCAUCAGUCCCGUUAAUAAGCUACACCCAAGAGAUGAUGUCAUGGCAUCUGGUAGUUCAAG